AGUUCCCAAGAAUUAAAAAAUUCCACUUGAUCAACUUAAUUCCUUUUCUUUAUCUUCCCUCCCUCACUCCCCUUCCCUUCUACCCUCCUUCCAAGCUGUUUUCGCUUUGCAAUAUGUUACUGGUAAUGAGUUGCAGGAUAAUGCAAUCUUAAUUUGUUUUCUCCUAAGUAUUUGAGUUCAAAACUCCUGUAUCUAAAGAAAUACGGUUGGGGUCAUUAAUAAAGAAAAUCUUUCUAUCUUACAUGAGAAUUUUCUGGGUUUCUGGACUGUGAGUCCAAAAGAGAGGAGAGGGAGAAAGGUGAACCUGCAGAGCCGAGCUGGAAAGCAGUGGGUCCCAGAGCCCCUCAGCCUUCCCUUAGAGGAGUGAGCUCUUGGUGGCAUUUCUGAGUAAACUGAAACAUGAUUAAUGUAAAGCUCGGUUACUCAGUCUGUCUGUGGCCAAGACAGUGACAGGCACAUGAAAGUGUUUCCGGCUUAUUCUUUUAUAAUGAAUAAUGUAUUUCUCUAAAUGUGUUCCAGGGUGUGUGUGGUUCCGCAGGACACUGGUUGGUGUUUAGGUGUGGAUCUGAUGCAAACUGGCUACAGUUUUCUCUUUUCUCACACAGCGGCCCAAAAGACUAGCACUCCACAAAAUUCACUUUGGGAUUCUGAGCCUAGCAAAAUAUGCUGUCCCCUAGGAGGACACUGAUCCCUAAAAUAAAAUUAGUUCGGAAAUUUUGCCUGGUAAAGAAUUAUCAGGAGAACGUUAGGGGCACCCGAAAUGGUCUGAGGGGCAUCCUAAUGGUUUCGAACUUCUUUUGUCUCCGUCUAGUGCUCAGACUAGUUUGAAGACUUUUAAUUGUGCAAUCUUCUGGCUGCAUCACAACCAGCCUUUUAUUUCCUAAACUAUUUUGAGAUAAUUAUAGAGGUCGCAUGCAGUUAUGAGAAAUAAUACAGCAAAGAUCCUGUAUACCAGUGGUCCCCAACCUUUUUGGCACCAGGGACCAGUGCUCCUAUGAGAAUCUAAUGCCUGAGGAGCUGAGGUGGAGCUGAGGCGGUGAUGCUAGUGCUGGGGAGCGGCUGCAAAUACAGAUGAAGCUUCGCUUGCUUGCCUGCCUGCUGCUCACCUCCUGCUGUGUGGCCCGGUUCCUAACGGGCCACGGACCAGUACCGGUCCACAGCCUGGGGGUUGGGGACCCCUGCUGUAUACCAUUCACCCAAUAUCCCCUAAUGGUAACAUCUUACAUAACUAGUAUAGAAUCAUAGCCAGGAAACUGACGUUGAUACAUGUGUAGCUUUUUCACCAGCAUUUACAAAACAACAGACGAGAUCAAUCAGUAUAUCACACAUGUUAAGGGAAAGUAUUAAUUUUGAAAUACAUUUAAGUUAUAUAUAUACAUCUUGACCAGAUCAUAAAAUGUCCUUUUCUAUGGGUUACGGUCAAGCAGUUCAAAAGCCACAGGUGGUUCAGUCAUCCAGACUUCGUUUUACUUCAUAUAAACGGGCCCUUAAAGAACUCUGGAUGCAGUUAUGUGCUCAUUUCAACAAACAUGCCCUGGAGAGUGCUGUCCCCUUGGGGCUGGCCCUGUGGCCUCCAGUGGAAAGUGUACCACACUGAGUCCACCCAGUGUUUUCCUAGGAUGUGGCCCCUUGUCACCUACUUCUGAUGGGUGGAACACCUACCUAAAUUAGAUACAUUGAGAGAUGGUGACAUUUAUGUAUUCUGUACCCCAAGAGGUUUUCAAGGGUAAUUUUAAAGUAGUUUUUGCUUUCCUUCUGACUUUAGAACAUAACUCCUUAGUGAGUUGGGACUCACUGUACUCUUUUUGCCAAUAGUGGGGAUCAGAUUUCUGACAAGUACUUUAGAUGGCAGAACCAAGGUUGCUUAAAAAAUAAGGAAAAAAGUCAUUAAAUAUUUUUUACACCAGUAAAUCCUAAGUUUCUCAAUUCUAAGACUUGGCAUGAAAAAUCCAUGUUGGUAGAAACCCCUCGUUUGUUUUCACCUGUUUCCAGGACACACCUGGUGUUAACACGGCUCCCUCCCUCUGUGGACAAAAGCCCACUGUAACUUCAGCCCAGGCCCGUACUGUGGGAGGAGGGAGGCCUCAAGAUGAGAGCACACUGAGGGGAUGUGAGCUGGGGGAAAAAAUGAGCUAGUUUCAAUUACUGCUAAUUGGCUCACCUGCCCGAGGUUCCACACCUGGGAAGUGUGGGUAUCCUUGGAUAUAAGUUUUAGAGAUUGAAAGCAAUAUUUUGAGACGGGUGGAUUUGAAUCUAGGUUCCACCACUUAAUAGCUGUGAGCAGAUUUCUUAAGCUGAGCCCUGAUAUCCUCAUCUUUAGUUGGAUAUAACACCACCUAUCUCAGGGCUUUUAAAAGGAAAAGAGAACAGAUAAGUGACUAUCACAGCAUAGGCAUUUAUAAUGCCUAUAAGAAUACUUAAUACCAUAUAAUAAAUCUAUACAUCCAAGGGGAUCAGAAGUGAUGUCCGAUGUAAGUCAUUCUGUCUUGGGGUUUUCCAGGUCCUCCCCAAGAGAGUUGGUGUGUUUUCCUGCUUGGGUGGCCCUUAAACUGUAGUGGUGAGUAGGGGAGGAAGGAGGGUGUUGGUGGGAAUCUCAAUGCCUGGAUAAAGCGGGACCUGAGCAUGCUAAGAACAAGGAGCUUGGCAGGAAAGGAAAUUAAGACUAACAGGAAGUGGAAGGGUGGGAUCAGAGGACAGGAAGUUAAACCAGGAAAAAGUGCUAGCUGCUGCAUCACCUCCCUUGUGGGGAGGUGAUACUUAGCAGUUGCCAUUUCAGUUCCCUUUGGUCUCAUUCAAAGUUGGCUUGAUGGACCCUUGUCCCAAAAGCUACAGGGGUCUAAGACCCAAUUCUGGAUCUCCUGGGGGGAGGGAGGGAGGGAGGGAUGGGUAUUUCUAGUUUAGGCAAUGCUGCCCCCUUCUGGGAAUUGCUAACAGCACUGCAAUUUCUGUGGCUCCUAGAGUGACCUAGAGAAUGGCAGUUUAACCCUAAUGGGUUCCACCUAACAGGAAGGACCAGGAUUUCUUCUGCCCCAUAGCUGACUUAGAGCUUCCUGAAGCCAGGACUCAGGCCAGUUUCAGUCACUGGAUUGUGCUCAAAACCCAUCAGAGGCUUCCAAGGGCUUAUCUGCUCUUGUCUAUGUGAAGAAUUGAACAGCGGCUCAAGGAGGCCAAGGAAGCCCCAAUGCCCUAUUGCCUCCGCUCACCCAGUUAGUACUUCCAGCCCAUGCAUUCCACACUGAGGGUUAGCAGAGAGAAAUUCAUAUAUCCAAGAGAACUGAAUGGUUGAAGGAGACCCAGAAGGGUUCCCCAACAGUCUGGGUUGGGCACCAUGAUACAGAUGACCUGAGGAAAGGAGAAUGGGGCCUGGGUUGGGGCACCAGGGCCUGCAGAGUCAGCUAAAUAAAGCAUCCACAAAAUACCUGCAUUAGGGCCCUCCUUGGGCAAAGAGGGGAAAGUGGGGAUGAGUCAGUCCCAGGGCUUGAAGGAGCAGAGAGGAACUGGAUAAUCCGGUAAGGAAGAAAGGGCUGAGCAAGCAGGGCACAGAACCCAGAUUUCCCAGCUCCUGCUGCCAAAGCUGUCCCCCUUCACACGUCAUCCCACACACAGUGUUUAGACAGAGCAGUGAAGAAGAAACACAGACAUCCUGGAUCCCGCAUGAGGGAGGCCAGGGCUGGGAACAGGAGGUCUGUUUAUUCCUGGCAGUCCAGUAUCUGAAGGGCCACACACCCACUUCUGUCCAGACUGUGGGAUGAACUCUCUCAGAGCCUCUGACUUCUCCCUGACAGCAUGGAGCCGAGGACUGUCUGCUGGAACCGUGUCCUCCACCCAGCAGCUCCCUUGAGGAUGCUUUUGAGUCGAUGCUUCCCUCUUCCCACUUUUUGUCUCAAUGGACGUCUGGCUUCUCCAGGCUCCCUGACUGCUACUCCUCCAGCCCUUCAGCCCAGGUCUUCCCAGAGAGCCCAGCAGUCCCCUUGCUUGAUGCAUUCGUGCUCCCGAGCAAGGAAGUUUUUCCUAACAUCUCAUCUCUGGCUUUCUUGCUACAGUUUUAGCCUGUUUCCUCCCAAUUCAGGUCUUAAAGGAAUGUAACUGGCCUCUCUCCCUCACCCCAAAGCCAUACCUGAUACAAGGUAGAAAUGAGGGCACCACAUUUCUUGGCCACCUAGCCUUGAAUUUGCCCUUCUCACUGUACAGUCAUGCACUGCAUAACGAUGUUUUGGUCAGUGAAAGACCGCAUGUAGACUGGUGGUCCCAUAAGAUUAUAAUGGAGCUGAAAAAUUCCUAUUCCUCGUGAUUUUGUAAUGCAAUACAUUAUACAAAUACCACUGUGUCUCAAUUGCCUACAGUAUUCAGGACAGUAACAUGCUGUACAGGGUGGUAGCCUAGGAGCUAUAGGAGAACAGAAUUUGUGACCCUAAAACGUGUCUCUGGCAUAAUGAUUAUUUUAGGCUAGUUAAUUUUAAGAAACAUGCAGAUUUCAAAGAAGUCUGAAAACCAAGUAGAAGUUAGCCUUUGUAAAAGACAUUCACAUUUGUAAGGAUGUCUCCCUGUACCUGGAAGAGAGGGAUGACCUUGUUUCUAGAAACAUCAGUGCAGAAGACAGUGACUUCAGUCUGCACAACAACCUUCCCCUUGUUUGCUGUGAGUUUCCCGCCACCCCCAACAUCUUUUGUCUGAGGCUGAAACUGGUAUUUCAGGCGAUGGCUUUAGCCAUUUUGGGGGAGUUACUCAGUUUUCUUGGGUCUCUCCCAUGUAUACAGGAGGUAAACAUGUUAUCAAAUUUUUGUUCGUUUUUCUCCUAUUAAUCUGUCUUUUAUUACAGGGCUGUCUCAGCCAAGAACUUAGAAGGGUAGAGGGAAAAUUAUUUUUCAUCCCCUACAGAACUAUAGGCUGUAUCACAUAGCCUAGGUGAGUAGUAGGCUAUACCAUCUAGGUUAGUAUAAAUACCUUCUAUGAUGUUUGCUCAGUGAUGAAAUUGCCUAACAGUGCAUUUCUUAGAAUGUAUCCCCAUUAAGCUGUGCACGAGUAUACCAGUUUCCUCAUUUUCUCUGGAGUAAAUGUCAUUCCUCUCUUGUUCUUCAUAGGCUCUCUAUCUGCCUUUCUCUAGGGAGUUUGUUCUUCAGAGGGGACAGGUGGCUGAAGCAAGGAACAUGCAGAGAAGAGCAGAAAUCCUAAAAAUGUUCAUAACAGCUACCUCCCAUUGAGUGCUUCUAUGCCGAGCGCUUAGUCUUUAUCACACAUUGUCUCGAUAAGUUUCACAAUAGGUGGUACAAUGUGAGCCCCAUUUUAUUGAUGAAGAAACUAAGGCAAAAGAAUGUUAGUUACUUGCCCAAAUUCACACAGCUGGAAAAAAAAAAUAGGGCCCCAGCCAGCAUUCUGAAAUCCAAAGCCAGGCUUUCUGAUUUCAACACUGGCUGGGACCUCUUCAUCAUCGUGGAAGAGCAAGGAGAGAAGUCAUGUGUUGAGACUCAUUAAGUGUCAGGCACUGGGAUAUAUGCAGUUACAUAUUUUAUCCCUGAGAAUGGGUUUCUUUGUCCCCAUUUUAUAGGUGGGAAAAUUGAGCCCCAGGGGUAGUUUGCCCAAGGUCAUACCCCCAGAGCCACUUGUACCUUGUAGCCCAGAGUUUGACUCACAAAGUAGUUGAGAAGUGUGUGAAAUGACUCCCACUUCUGGGAGGCAAACCCGGCCCUAUAAGCUGAAAGGUCCAUCGGGCAACAGGAUAGGGGGCAGAAGAUCCUCAGGUCCCAAACACCCCACCACUGCCACCAUUACACAUACACUGCUCUUUCACAGACAGGCAUAAUUAGGGAGCUGGAUGUGCUGUCAGCCAGCCAGCUGGCCAUUCAGGGGUAUAAGGCUCAUAAAAUGUAAAUGCGUUAGCUGGGGCAGAAAGUGGAGGGGAAUAGUCCAAAUCAUUAACUGGGAUGCGUUUCUCAGUUUAGGCAAGCAAAUAGCAGGCAAGAGGUCUCCAAGCUGGGCGACCUGAGGUAGAUCUGCCACCUAAGUGGCAAGCUAUGGCCAGUGGCUGGAAAAGGGGAACACUGGUACAGCUGGAGAGAAAGGCCUCCCAGUGGCUACAGCUCAGGGCGUGCCAGGUCCCACCCCCAGGGGCGGGGCUAGGCUAAGCCCCAGGGCCUCAGCUCCAUCCUUCCAGGAACCCAAUCCCCAGCAUAGCCUGAUCGACCAAGAGCCCAGGUCCCUGCUGGCUCAGAGUGGAGGUACCAUGUUCCGCCCACCCAGGACAUCGGACAUGUCCAGAAGCCCUGCAGGGCUGGCUACGGCAGCUCCCUGACCUUCAGAGGAAAGCCCAGGCUAGGCAAGCAACGCCUGUGUCCAACAGCCAUGCAUGCCAGCAAUUGCUCCAGGCCUCCCCUGUCCCUAGUCCCAAGAUGACACCCAACAGCACCCAGGAGGUGCCCAGUGCUGUUCCCGAGGGGACCGUGGAGCUCUCCCUGGUCCUGGCAAGUCUCAUCGUCAUGGCCAACCUGCUCCUGGCCGUGGGCAUCGCUGGGAACCGCCACUUGCGCAGCCCACCUGCUGGCUGCUUCUUCCUGAGCCUGCUGCUGGCCGGGUUGCUCACAGGUCUGGCAUUGCCUGCGCUGCCAGGCCUGUGGAGCCAGAGCCGCCGAGGCUACUGGUCCUGUCUCUUCUUCUACUUGUCUCCCAACUUCUCCUUCCUCUCCCUGCUCGCCAACCUGUUGCUGGUGCACAGGGAACGCUACAUGGCAGUGCUGCGACCUCUGCAGCCCCGUGGGAGCACUCGGCUGGCCCUGUUCCUCACCUGGGCCUCACCCCUGCUCUUUGCCAGCCUGCCCGCUCUAGGGUGGAACCACUGGGCUCCUGGGGCCAACUGCAGCUCCCAGGCUGUCUUCCCAGCCCCCUACCUCUACCUGGAAGUCUACGGGCUGCUGCUGCCUGCUGUGGGUGCCGCCGCCCUUCUCUCAGCCUGCGUGUUGGCCGCUGCCCACCGCCAAUUGCAGGACAUCUGCAGGCUGGAGCGGGCAGUAUGCCGAGGGGCACCCUCAGCCCUGGCCCGGGCCCUGACCUGGAGGCAAGCAAGGGCACAGGCUGGAGCCACGCUGCUCUUUGGGCUGUGCUGGGGGCCCUAUGUGAUCACCCUGCUCCUCUCAGUCCUGGCCUAUGAGCAGCGUCCACCACUGGGACCUGGAACACUGUUGUCCCUCACCUCACUGGGCAGUGCCAGUGCAGCAGCUGUGCCCGUAGCCAUGGGGCUAGGUGAUCAGCGCUACACAGCUCCCUGGAGGGCAGCUGCCCAAAGGUGGCUACAGAUGCUGCGGCGAAGAGCCUCUCCGGGCAGUCCUGGCCCCAGCACUGCAUACUGCACCAGCAGCCAAAGCAGCAUGGACCUGGACUUGAACUAGGGGAAGGACCUCUGCUCACUCCUACUAGAAGCAUCCAUCCAUCUCGGCCACCAAACCCACCUGCACUUGUCCCCACACCCCUGGAUCAGAGACCCUGCCCCUUUUUACCCCACCCUGGCCAAAUAAAGCUCCUCUGGCCCAGUUUA